AUUUUGCCAUCGGCUUACCUUAUCCUUUUCGGUCUGCUCUUUUUCCUCAAACAGUGGAAAUAGCUUUCUUUCAAGUUGCUUUUGUCACAGAGUUAAGCAAAUGGCUGAUAGUGGCUUUGGUAAAAAAUCCCCCAAGUGCUCCAAAUGUUCUCAGAAAGAAGUACUUUGUCUAUGUUCCUGUAAAUCAAGGCUUUCUCCAAUGUCAGUGGUGGAAAUGUCACAGACAUCAAGCAUUUCUAGUUCAGUCGUCUCCAUUUCAUCGGAGAGAAAAAAAGAACAAGCCAGUAAAGAUAACGCCUCUGAAAAAGAUUUGCCCUCAAGAACCUCAAAUGUAGAGAGAAAGGCAUCUCAACAACAAUGGGGUCGGAGCAACUUUACAGAAGGAAAAGUUCCGCAUAUACGGAUGGACAAUGGAGCUGCUAUUCAGGGAAUCUAUACUUUUGGAAGAAUAUUGGGACAAGGGAGCUUUGGAAUGGUGUUUGAAGCUACAGACAAGGAAACAGAAAUUAAGUGGGCAAUUAAAAAAGUGAACAAAGAUAAGGCUGGAAGCUCUGCUAUAAAGUUACUUGAACGGGAGGUGAGCAUCCUAAAAUGUGUGAAACACGAACACAUCAUACAUCUGGAACAAGUGUUUGAGACGCCAAAGAAAAUGUACCUGGUGAUGGAGCUUUGUGAGGAUGGAGCACUCAAGGAAAUUCUGGAUAGGAAAGGGCAUUUCUCAGAGAAUGAGACCAGGUGGAUCAUUCAAAGUCUCGCAUCAGCUAUUGCAUAUCUUCACAGUAAUGAUAUAGUACAUAGAGAUCUCAAACUGGAAAACAUAUUGGUUAAAAGCAGCUUUAUUGAUGAUAACAAUGAAAUGAACUUAAACAUAAAGGUGACUGAUUUUGGCUUAGCGGUGAAAAAGCAUGGUAGGAGUGAGGCCAUGCUACAAACCACAUGUGGGACUCCUAUCUAUAUGGCCCCCGAAGUUAUCAAUGCCCACGACUAUAGCCAGCAGUGUGACAUUUGGAGCAUAGGUGUCAUAAUGUACAUUUUAUUUUGUGGAGAACCGCCCUUUUUGGCAAGCUCCGAAGAGAAGCUUUUUGAGCUAAUAAGAAAAGGAGAACUACAUUUUGACGGUGCAGUCUGGGAUUCCAUAAGUGAUAGUGCUAAAAGUGUUCUGAAACAACUUAUGAAAGUUGAUCCUGCUCACAGAAUCACAGCUAAGGAACUACUAGAUAACCAGUGGAUAACAGGCAAAACACUUUCUUCAGUGAGACCAAUCAAUGUGUUAGAAAUGAUGAAGGAAUGGAAAAAUAAUCCAGGAAGUGAUGAUGAAAACACAACAGAUCAAAAGAACAAGUGGUCCAUUCAAGAAAAAUUGAAAGGUUUCCGACCCAGUGGACCCAGUGGACCCAGUGGACCCAGCAGAAAUGUCCAUGAUUUCAAUAAUACUUCAGAUGAAGAAGAGGAAAAACAGCUCGCUGCUUAUAAAAAGAAAUUUCCUGUGACCAGUAAGAAGGAAAACAUGGACAGCUUGGACAUGAGCUAUUCAAAUUCCCCAUCUAGCAGACUCCUUCAGGCCGGAGUCAAGGAAGAAAUCCAGAAAUCCCCUGUGACUUCAAAUCAAAGGACAGCAGCCAAAAGCACUGCUAAAUCCAUUGCCCUGCCGAGAACCAAAAAGAAGCCCUAA